CAUGCACGCUUCGCUUCCCCGCACACCGAACUGGCCCGUUGUUCCUUUCGUCCGAUCAUUGUGUCUGCUACAGUGUAUAGUAACAGAUAGCACCAAGCGCGAGGAACUGUGGGCCCCUGCCAAAGACUAGAAUGUUACAGUUCGCACGCGCCAGCGCCACAGCGAGUAGACAUGGCUUAGGCAGUAGCCAUACUAGUGCUCCAGUAUCAGCACACACGGGGCUAACUCUGCGGCCAUGCGGCAUACCGCUGACCCAGCCUCGCGCCGCCGGGCGCCUCCACCCCUCGGGGCUGGCGGCGGUCUGCGGCAGCUACUGCCGCUAGCCGCCUGGGCCCGUCAAGCCGCACCAGCGCCCGCCACUGGCGCACCUGCAGCAGCUGGGGCGCGCAGCUGUCGCCUGCAGCCGGGGCGGCGCGCGCAGCAGCAGGUGCUGGCGGCUGCGGGGAGGUACGGCAGUGGCAGCCGCAGUAGCAGUGACGGUGGGGGAAGGGCAGGCAGGGGCAGGGCAGGCGGCGGCGGCGGCGGCAGGGCGCGUGACCCCGCGGAUGACAUGACCGUGUGUCGGACUCUGGACGAGCUGCAAGUAGUCAUUGAUCAGCGGCUGGCGGUGUGGUGCGAGCGGCAAGACGUAAUGACCAUGUCAGCUGCCUUCAACCUGUGUGGCAAGCUGGAGUCGUCACACGCCGGGCCGGCUGCCACAGCCGCGGCCCGUGCCGGCAUCAUGGCGGCCCUUGCGCCUGCUCUCCUUCCGCUCGUGCCGCGCAUCCGCCAGCCGGCCAGCUGCAGCAUUCCGCUGUGGGCGCUGGCGAAGGCCGGGGCUGCCAGCGACGGGCGUGUGGAGUCACAGCUGGCGCCGGCGCUGCUGCAGCGGCUUGUGAAUCCAGUGUUGCUGGGGAUGGCGAAGCCGCAAGAGCUGUCGAACGCGCUGUAUGCCCUGGGCAAGCUGCGGGAGGACCAGCAGCAGCGGGGCUCGGGCUGGGACCCCACCUCAUCGCCGCAUCUGAUCGCACUGGCGGGCGCAGUGGCCUCGCGGCUGCGUGGGGCGCUGGGACAUGGCUUCGAGCCGCAGCAUGUUUCCAACACCCUGUGGGCGUGCGCCAAGCUGGGAUACCGAGACUCAUACCUUCUGUUGCCGCUGGCGGAGGCGACUGCAGCCCUUGCCCGGGACAUGAAUGCGCAAGAUGUGGCCAACAACCUGUGGGCCCUAGAGGUCCUUGGCUGCACCGGACCGGAGUUUCGGGCAGUGCUAGAGGCGCUGUGUGGUGCGGCUCUCCGGCGAUUCCAGACACCGAAGGAAACUGCAGCGUUCAAGCCGCAGGGCCUGUCCAACAUCCUGCUGGCGCUGGAGGGGCUGCAGCUGGGAGGCACGCAGUCUGAGCAGCUGGCGGCGGCAGUAGCAGUGGAGGCCAUGCGGCGGGGCUUUGCCGGCUGUAACCCACAGGAGCUCAGCAACUCGGCGUGGGCCCUGGCCAAGAUGGGGUAUGGGGCCGGUGCAACGUCGCAAGCCAUGAAGCAGAGCCCCUGGUACGCGGCUGUGGCGGCCGCAGCUCAGCGGCCCGGGGUCAUGGCCGGCGCCAAGCCGCAGGCCUGGGCCAACCUGCUGUACGCGCUUGCGUUGGUGCGCCACCAGCCGCCACCAGCGCUGCUUGACGCAGGCGCCGUGGCGGCGAUGCAGCGAGGCAAUGCACAGGACUGUGCAAACACGCUCUGGGCGCUGGCGGUGCUGCAGCUGCGUCACGCCGGCUUGGAGGCGGCGGUGUGCGGCCGGCUGGGCGAGCUGCUGCGGCUAGGCCCGGAGUCGCUUGCUGAACAGAACCUUUGCAACAGCCUGUGGGCGCUGGCGGUGCUGGCAGGCGGCGGUGGCCCUGCUACCCCGGCUGCAGCUGCGCUGGCCCCAGCGCUUGCCCGUGAGGCCGUGCGAUGGCGUGAGGAGCUCAAUGGAGACGGCUUGAGGCAGCUCUGGCAGGCGCGACAGCAGUUGGGCGGCGAGGUGGCGGAGGCGCUUGCCCGCAGCCCCGACCUGCUAGCCGCGAUGGAGGCGGCGGUAGCUGCCGAACGGGCGACGGGAUUGAACACCAGCCGUACGCAGGAGCAGGUGGCAGAGGCGCUUCGACGACUGCUGCAGAAGGGCCGCCUGCCCAUCGUUUUGGUGCAGACAGAGGUGGUGGCGGAGGGCGUGCUGGGGCGUGUGGACAUUGUGGCGGACUGGAGCGAUGGGCGCAGAUUGGCCAUUGAGGUGGACGGGCCGGACCACUUUCUCACCAACCGCAAGGACGACCCGUCCGCGGUUAUCGGGUCCACGGCCCUGCGUAACCGGCAGCUGCGGCGGGCGUUUGGGGAGGGCGGCCUGGUGUGUGUGCCGUACUGGGAGUGGGACGAGCGGCAGACUCCUUCCUUUCAGGAGGCCUACCUGCUGCAGCGGCUGCAGGAUCUGCUAUCGGGCGCUCCUUCAGGAGCAGCAGCAGGAGGGGAAGGCAGCGCGGCCGCCCCUCGCCGCAAGCAGCAGCGGACGACUCAGCCGCAGCCGGACACUGCCGGCACCACCACCACCGCCACCACCACCGCUGUCAGCAGCCAGACGAGGCGCAUCCUCGUUGUCCGCAGGAAGGCGCCAAAGCAGGACCUGCAGCACGACGCCACCUGCGACGCACCGUCAGCCUCAGGUGCGGGUCCGGCGGAGGCGGUGGCGGAGGUUGCGACAAGUGGCGGCCCUCGGCCUGCCGCCGCGGGUGCCGACGUGGCAUGGGCUCCUGGGCAGCAGCAGCAACAGCGACAGCGACAGCUGCAGCAGCCGUCGAGGCCGGAGCCGGAAGCUGUGGCCGCUGCUGUGGGCAGACGCCGCAGGCCUGCUGCGAAGGACCCGCAGCCACAGCAGCAGCAGACACGGCCGCCGCCGCAGAACACAAGGAAGCGAGCGGCUGCUUCGAACGCACACGCGGCUGCUGCAGCUGCUUAGCAAGCCCCCUUGGGUGGAUUUGCAGGGGCGGCUGGCGCGGCGUCCCACCCGUUUGGCGGAGUUUGUGUUGUGCCCGGUGCUGCUGCUGCCAUAAACACACACGUUGAGGCGGGCGUGGAGGAGCAUGCAGGUGGCAAAGCAUAGCCAACGAGGCGGACAUAGGAGGAGCAGGCGUUGAGAAUUGAGUCGGCGUGAUGACUUGCAUAGGAAUGAGUUGGGUGGGGCUUGGGCUCCAAUUGUCGCUUGGUGAACCGGGCGUGUGCGCGCAUAGCAAGUUGAAGGAAGAACGAGGUUGGGUCAUUGCGGAGACUGUAGCAGAGGCUGUGCUGUGGUAGAGGUUGUGAGAGGGGCUGUGGCUUGUGGGUCUUUGGCGGGUGUCGACACGUCGGCAGACACAAACACAGACGACGCUCUGGUCUGUAGGGCGCGUGCGGAAGCCUUGGGCUUGCCAUAAUUGUGAGCAGGUGUGUGAGGUAAGGUGGUCUGUGCGUAGGAUGGCAAUGAGGUGACGUAUGCGGGGGGGGACUGCGGCGGCGGGCGGCGGCCUCGAUUCCUGCUUGCAUACAGGAGCGGUCGUUUGGCCGGGCCACCUACCGUGCUGGUGUAACAAGAGGAUUGU